GUGACGCGCCCCUCUCCCAUCCAGGCGGCUGCACUGCCUGCCGUACUGUCCGGCGCAAACUGCGCCAUUCAGAGCUACACUGGCUCGGGGAAGACUCUGUCGUACUUGUUGCCGGCGCUGACACUGGCGCUGCGCCGCGCGGAGAGGCUCGCUGCGGACCCCACCACACCCCGUCGAGGGAACGUUCCGGAUGUGCUGGUGGUGGCGCCCUCGCAAGAGCUGGCGAUGCAGAUAGUGAGGGUGGCCAAAUCCCUGAUGCCGGACAAUGUACGGCGGUACGCCGUACAGCAGGUCAUCGGGGGAGCCAACCCCAAGCGCCAGGCGGAGGCUCUGGCUCUGGUGCCCGGGCCGCUGGUGGUGGUGGGUACACCGGGUGAGUGCUUCUGCUUCUGGUACACUCUUUACCUGGCAGCAGCUUCCCUCCCCCCUCCCCCCCCCGGCCCCCCCUCGCCCCCCCAGGCCGAUCAGCUGUUGGCAUCCGCCUUCGCCGAGGACAUCAACCACAUCAGCGACCACUGCGGGAGGAGGGCUCCUCCUCGGGGGGGGGCAGUGGGAGAGGUAGGGGUGGGGGGCGGCUCCGCGGCCUGUCUGCGUCAGACGGUGCUCGUAAGCGCCACUCUGACUCCCCGGGUGCUGAGUCGCUCCGCAAGGUGGUGUCCCGACCCGCGGUUCGUGUCGGCCGGGGCGGUGCCGGCGGUGGUGGCGGCGGCGGAGGGGACCCCGGGGGCCGCUGGCGGGGGAAAGGAGGGUGAGGUGAACCCAGCCUGGGGUUGGGGGCUGGUGCCCACCAUGCCCCCCCAGCUGGCGCACUACUUCAUGGUGGUGGAGCCGCGACAUAAGGUGGAUGCGCUUCGCCGGGCCGUACAUGCCCUGGGCGUGCAGCGGGCCCUGGUGUUCAUGAACUUCCAACAGCGGCUACAGGACGCGCAGUUCAAGCUGCAGGCGAGGGGAAUGAAGGCGGCGGCGCUGCACGGCGAGAUGCCCAGACUGGCUCGCGCCAACCUGCUGAACGACUUCCGCCGCGGCCGCCUGCGCGCCCUGGUGGUGUCGGACGUGGCUGCCCGCGGCCUCGACGUGCCCUCUUGUGACGCCGUGUUUCACCUCGAGCUGCCGUCCUCAGCCGCACAUUACGCACACAGAGCAGGGCGAACUGGCAGGCUGUCGGCCGCGCUGGCGGCGGCGGCGGCGGCGGAAGCAGCCGAGGCAGCGGCCGUGCGGCCUCCGGCGACAGCAACAGCAGCGGCAGCUGCUGGUCUGGAGGAUUUCUUCGCGCAGGCUGCCGGCACCGUCAUCACGAUUGUGUCACCUUCGGAGCGGUUUGUGGUUGAUAAGUUGGCGGCUCAGCUUGGGGUGCCGUUGCUGGUGGGUGAGGGGGCGAAGGUUCAGCUGGGGGGGGUGUUCUUCGUUCGGGAGGGGGAGUAG